AUGGAUUAUAUUGGAUUAUUGCGGUAUUGCAGGCGCACCUGCCGUCUGCAGUUCGUUGACAAAAGUUCGGGUCUUUGCAAACAACCUCAUCCCGACGAUCAAUGUUUUGGAGUACCAAUCCGAUAUAACUAUACCAUAGAUGCGCCAGAUGUCAUCGAUUCACUUCAUCGAUAUCAAAUUUUGAGUCGUUUCCCAAGGUGUUGGUCUGCACUCGGCCCUUUGCUAUGUGCAGUUGCAUAUAGACCGUGCUCUAACCGCAGAUAUUUCGAACUCACGAUGACAGAGCCAGGCACUAUGGAAAUGUGGCAAGUAUUUCGUAAAGAUAUGUGCUAUCGAGCUCUUCACAAUUGUGGUUUUGUUAGCAAAAGUGGUUUAUGGCCGUCAUUCAUAAAUUGUUCUCAUACACCCGUCAAUAAAAUGGGAAGACAGUUGUUUUCAAAUGGAUCGUGUGAGGUUCAACCAGCUACAAUGGAUCGAAGUCAAUGUCUGUGGCCGUUAAUUGAAAGUGAUGAGGUAUAUCGGAGCGCGUCACCGAUAAUCGACGACUGCUAUAUGUCUUGCAGGACACCAUUGUUGAGAACCGAAGGAAUUCGUCGUAAUCUCCUAACAUUUAUAUUUACAAUUUCACUCUUCAUCACUUUGCUCACAUUUAUUUGCUUUAUUUAUAUUUCGAUAUUCUCAUCGAUGUGGUUGAAUAAUUUAUGUGUAUAUACAAUCGGACAUGCUUUAUUAAGUGCCGCCAUCUACUGGUCUGUUUGGUUGACAGGUUUCUUCGAUGCAGUUGCCGAUUCUGUGAUGUGCAUCGGUAAUGGACGUAUCAGAAGGCAUACUUAUGGCAUAUCCAAGUAUGUUCUUCCUCAGACCGGUGCAUUACAAUGGUGUAAUAUAGAGUCAUGGUUUCUGCACACUUUUCUGUUAUCUGCAUUUCUGUGGUUAUCGUCGUUUGUGAUCCUGCGUCUGGGGCACGUGCCGAUUCGUAAAGAUCAUCGUAUCUAUUUGGAUGGACGACCAGAAAUUAGUAUAAGAUGUGUUUUAUUGGUGGUUUAUUUGAUAGCUGCUAUUAUUGCAACAGUGGCGUUGUGGAUGAACACAGCCGAAUCGGAUGGUUUGGUUGGUGUUUGUUUUAUUGGAUUGCGUUCCGUGUCGAAUGCCACAGUGUUUAUCUAUGUACCGAUCCUGCUAUUCUUAAUUAGUGCAUUGAUUUUGAGCGCAUUCUUCUUUUUCAGACGAAGAUGUGAGUAUUUUUAUCUGGCAUUGCUAGAGUUGGAGGAUGAUGAAAGGAAUGCUCAGCAAGAAUUUGAUAAGAACGUUGAAGAAAGUGAUGAAGCAUCGAACGUUUCAAUCUCGAAAAGUGUUCGAUUGGAAUCUAAUGCGAUGACCGAGUCGCAUGCAUUCAUAGAUGAUUCGAACGAUGAGAAUUUUCCAGAUAAAGAUAUAACCGAAACAAACCAAGCAAAAGAGCGAAAUGUUGCCGUCGAACCCGAAUUAAAAGCGAGUAAUGUUAUGAAUGCAGAUGGGUCGCAUCCAACUCGCCGAAUAUAUCGUCGUAAAAAAGAUGGUUGUGGUUAUACAGCCAUAUCACAGCGAUGGUUCGCGAUUAUAUUGAUCUCCAUACUCGUCGCUUUAUUCGCGUCAUGGAUUGCACAUUCGAGUAUUGACAUCGAGCACGAUUCCGAAAGUCGUUUGAUUUUGGAGUCAAUAAGGUGUUCACUGAAUAAAACAAUUUUGGGUGGACACACGGAUUGGUUGAAUGCAACACGUCAUUCUGAUCAUCUUAUCGGCCAGACAGACCCACUUCUGAGAAGAAAAUCAAUUGGAAGCAGUUUUGCUUUUGUGGUCUCGCUGAAUCAGUCGAAUUUCAGUUCAUUGAACGCACCAGAGUGUGAACUAUCAACGUUGUUGGAUGAUCGUAUUUCGGCCAUCUUGUUGACAUUCAUCGUAUUUCCAUCAGUUCCGUUUAUUACACUCGUUGUUUUCGUUAUUUCUGGAUUUUGUGGUUAUGGCUUGAAAGAUAUCGAGAAAAUACGUCCGGUUUUGAAUCCGUUCGUCGUCGAGAAAAUUGGCUCUUUCAACAUAUCCGAUUCAACUGAAUAUGAACGAAACAUGUCGUCAAUGAAUGAUCAGUUGGAAUUAUUGCCGAUGUGGUCAUCAGCUGAGCAAGACAGGGUUUCCAAGUGGACCGGAAAGAUAGUGUCCUCACAGCGUGCACCUGCCAGAAUUUGUUCAUCGGCAAAUUGUUUGAGUGACGAUUUAAAUGAGGAGAAGACUUCGAUCAACAGUCAAACAGUCAGUGAACCAGCGGAUCCGAACGUGGAGAGGCCGUCCAGAAUUAGAAGGCUGAAUUUAUUGGAACGGUACGCAGAACGUAAACGUAAUCGAGGUCAUUUGCUGUCUUCGUCAGCAAUUUCAGAAGUUCAGGCUCGUUUAUCAGCAAACAAUUUGAGUAGUUUGAACGUAUCGGCAGCAGCAUCCGAUAGUGUUUUGCGUCACUCUGACAACGCACCCACUUUCAACACCAGCACCGACAUCAGGAGUAUUUACUCGUCUUGGUUACCAACUAAUCCGUCAAGUUCUGCUAAUUUGACAGGCAUUAGUGAACAAGUUGAUCCUGCAUUCCAGACUGCGGCAGUAGUUUCGGCAUAUCAAACCGGCAUAAUCGAAGGCCGUUACCAGGAACGGUGUAAUCGUUACGCAGAUCAAAUUAGACAACUCACUGAAAAUCUUGAUCAAGCCAAUCGGGAAUUACGUCGUAUCUCAGCUUUUCCCGAAUCAUUGACGAAUGCGCCUGAGCACACAGUUCCGUCUCAUAAUUCAACGAACGAAGAGAAUACGGCACCUCCUCGAAAGGUGUCCUCUGAGCAAACGGUUGAUUCCGAAAGCGAUUCGUCGCCAACUGAUGCUGAUCAAACGAUUAACAAUCGAAAUGACCUCGAUAAAGCCGAAUUGUUGAAUGCUGCUUCCUUACGAACGACCCCAAAUAAGAGCAGUGGCAUCGCAUCCUCAUCGGCUCAAGAUGGGGCACAAAACGAGUCUAAUGCCGUUGCCAGUGAGCAAACUAAUCAGCAUGCCAGCGUGGUGUCAGGGCGAAAGAGAAGUGCCCCAGUGGAUGGAUCAUCGAAACGUCACAGCAAGAAAAAAAGUAAUACAAAAGCAGAAGAUAAGGUGGAUCAAGACGAGAAUGUGGACUGGAUGGUUGUGGAAUCGGAAGAUAGUAAUAAUUUUAAUUCAGAUGAUGAAGAUUCUGAAGAGGAACGAUUUUUCAAUGAAAUGUGUGUUGUAAGUGCCAGUGAAGGUCACCGUGAAGAGUCGCAACCAGCGUCGAAUUCAGCUGAUGGUUCUUCGACGAGUGCCUCAGGUAAUAGGGUGUUGGGUAAUGUUCGCGUUGGUGGUUGUCAAGGCGCUUUACCCGUUCGAUCUUCAUCAAUAUCAGCGAGCCGCAGUCCUAUGACACCAUUGCAAUUAAAUGCGAGACCAUUUAAUGCCAAUAAUAAUAGCAAUCCAAAUACGAAUGGAGUGGUUCUUACAGCCGAACAACGUUUACAACUGCAACGAUUACGAAAUCAGUUGACUGAAUCGGAUUUGAUGAAUUGGAGUGAAUACUUCAGACGACUCGCUUUCGAACAUGCUCGAAGCAGAGACAUGGCCAGAAUGUUAAAUAUUCAACAACAAGUCCAAGCACGUGUACGCGGGUCAGUUCAGCGUUGUUAUUUCAAAGUCGUUGGUUUAGUUUCAGUGGUACCGGCUGUGAUUCGAGAAGAAGAAGAAGAACUUGUUAUGGAUCCGUUUUCUAAUGAACCUUCUACGUCGAACAGUAACAGCGAUGAGUCUCGUCGUAAUAAUUCAACCGAAAAUAGCAGAGUUGAUUCUUCGAAUUCCUCCACUAAUCAAAACGAUAGCAAUGAUGAUCAGAAUCGUUAA